AUGUCAUACCCGCCUCUGUCGGGCUACGGUAGCUACUAUGACGCGAACAACCAACAGUCGUCAGCAUAUUCAACCCACCGGCAGGGCCAGGCGAAUCCGUAUGCGCCGGUGACGUUUCCAGGCGAUCGCCAAUCUCAGUAUCCAACCUCGGGCUACGACUGGCAAGGGCAGGGUCAGGGCUACGGUCAGAACCCGCAGCAGUCAUACAACGGUGACAGCUACGCUGCUGGUCAGACUGGGCAGUACGAGUAUAGAAGAGACGACAACAACUAUGCCAACCAGGCGAGUGCAAGCGCCCCUAAUACUUACGACAAUGCGAAGACCACAGGUAGAGCCCUGACUCUGCAGGGCCUGAACCAGCUGGCCUCCGCAUCUGAGUUGAAUCCGCAGUCUUCGAGUAGGAAUGCGCAAGCUACCACCGGAGCAUCAUAUAAUGGCAUGACAGCAACAGCCGUCGCUCGCACCCAGUCUCCCUUACAGGCUCCUGGUGCGCAGCGCCAAUACUCCACCAAUCCGCCAAACUACAACAGUAUGCCUUCUAACACGAAUAAUGGGCAUAUGUCACCUGCGGCACAAGCAUUAGCAGGUGCAGCCAGUCGCAAAAACCAGCAGAGUGCUGGUAAUCCACGCGCCCAGCCGGCCCGCUCGAACUCACCAUACACUGCUGCGCCAGUCCAACAUCAACGUGCGCCAUCACAGACUGCGCCAUCUCGUAGUCCGAACGUGUCGAAACAGCGAGCGCCUGCGUCUAGGAACACAGCGGCGCAACGAAAGCAGGUGAAUUCAUCGUCCCAAGCAGCUACGAGCAUAUCAAAUCUGGUGACCUCGAAUUCGGAGCCCACCAUACCGGCAGAGGUGGCUGACAAUAUGCCGACCUACAUUGAUCCAAGUCAGGUCUUCAACCCGUAUCAUCGAGAACAUGAGAGGCGUCGUGAGGAGGCGGCAGAGGCGGAAGUUAGGCGAAAGCAAGAUGAGGCGAAACGGAAGAAGGAAGAAGAGGCUAAGAAGAAAGCCGAAGAUGAGGCAAGAAAGAAGGCAGACCAGGAGGCCGCGGCUACAUUGGAACGCGCUGCUAAGAACAUGGCAGAUGCGGCUACUAAGGCGGCUAAGUCACCUGAAGCUCAGCGGCCGAAGUCUGCGCAACCAAAACCUGCCAAAGCUGCACCGAAGAGUAAGAAGAAGCCAGCGCCUGCUCAGGAAGCAGUGCAGAGUUCACCGCCUCCUGCGGACGACAUGGCAAUGCAGAUGAAGAUCAUGAUGGACAAGAUGAAGGAGUUUCGCCAGCAGGACCCGGCCAUGUUCCAAAAGCUAUGGGACGACAUGAGGAAGGGUGGGACGAAUGCGGUCGCUACCAGCUCUAACAAAGCCCCGCCCACAGCGUCACCGAACAUUGCCAGAGCCGCGGUUCCCAAGUCUUCGGCCCCAGCAGCAGCAGUUCCUGGACCGUCUACCGCGCCGCCGGCUCAGGUGUCUGCCCCUGUGGCAGCUGCAGAUGGACCCGCCGAUAUAUCGACAGCGCCCGCGCCUACCAGGAAGAAACGUCCUCCUCCAGUCCGACCUGCCGACUUGGAUCCUAGCGUACCACUCAACGGCUACAAGGUGAUUGUAGAAGACAACGAGGAAGGUCUCCCGGACGCAGGAAGAUUCCCAGCUGAGCGAAGAGUACGGCAAUCCUAUGAACGAAAUCCCGAGAAAGCAGCAAAUGCUCCCAGAGCUCCUACAGCUUCCACGAUAAUGCCACCACCACCGACUCAGCCAUUGCCAGCACGAAAUGCCGCUGGAGGAGUCGAAUGGCCCAAUGAUAAGCGAGAAGCACUCGCGGCGGCAGCGAUCACCGCUCUAAAAGCUGAGCCGGGAAAUGAAACCAUCGAAAUCACUGCUGCUGAUAUCAAUGCUAUUCUGGACACAAAUCCAAAUUAUAUCGACUUGUGCGACUUGCUGGAGAAGCGAGGCCUGAAAUUUCACCGCGGCCAGUUUGCAAGGCAAUUACUGCAAAGUGUGCCUGAUCUUAGUAAAGGUCAGAAGCAAGAGGCUACUCAACCUUCUCCGGCGCCACUCAUGCCAGGCGGACAAAUUCCAGGAGCUCCGCCUCCCUCCUAUGCAUACCAACCAGUACCACAGCCUACGACUCCGAGCCAAGCGCAAUUUCGUGCACCACCUUUCAUCCCGUCAGUCAUUCCCUUGCAGCCUGGGCAGGCGAAAUCGGAGAAUCGGUUCAAGCAGCGAGGGAGACCUCCGGCACAAGCACGUCCAGAGCCACCUCCUGGAUCGAAGGAAGCAAUGUCCAAGAAGCGAGACUUCUCUGAGCUUAUUGACCUCACACAGCUCGCCGAUAAUGAGAACUAUGUCUCGGAUGACAAUGCGGGUGCGAACAGCCCUUCACCAGAGCCAAUGGAUCUCCUCCGUCAGUUUCAAGCACCAAAUGGCAUGAUACCUCCACCGCCGCAGGCCAUGUUCGUGCCUGGUCCGCCAUCAAUGAUUCAUCCGCAACCAUACCAGCAACAAGCCGCACCUCCUCCUCCACCGCAACAACCGCAGAAGCCGAAGACUAUAUUGGCACGUCCUGUCAACAAGAAUGAAGCACUGAAUAAGGAGUACUAUGAUCCACGAACAGUCGCAAGGGAUAUCAUGAUCGCUGCAGGAAGACAUCCCACGGAGCGACCCUUGAACGCCCACCUUGGGUCGAUGCUGUACAAGUACAUCGAAGUCGACUCGGACCUCAACACUUUCGACUGGGAAGCGAUUGACCCUGGCGGUCCUCCACCUCCAAAAGUGGCAUACGUUGACAUCCCUGCUGCACCACCUCGAUUUAAGCUCGGCGAGAGAGGACUACAACCAAGAAAGAAGAGAGUGCAGACAGUACGGGCAGGCAGUGAAGACGCGCCGAACGGAGCUAUUCCCGAAUCGGACAAGCGCGAUUCUGGCGCGACGACUUCAACUUCCCCCGUAUUGCUUGCUCGACUUGGUGCACGCAACAAACAUAUUUCUACCGGCAAAGAGCCUGCGCAAGCCGGUCCUUCGCGUCUUCGAGAGAGCACUCGAGCCGCUUCUGAGGCAAGUGUGAGUGUGACUCCAUCGAAGCGCAAGGCCGACGACGCAAUGGCUAGCCCUGCUUCAAAUGACUACCCCCAAUUCCCCUCGGGCAAACGUCGUGGCCGGCCACCGGGCUCGAAGAACAAGCACACCUCGCUCUCAGCGCUGCAUGACGGGACCGAGCCGUCCUCCUCCUCACCUCAGCACAGCAUCUUCAAAUGUCGCUUCCCUCGCUGCGGUGACGAGCUGCACAACCUCGAGACCCUGAGAAAGCACAUUCGAAAGAAGCACGGUCCCGAUGCCGAGCAGAUCGAGAAAGAGCCGAAGCCAUAUGGGUGCUGGUGGAAGCAUUGUCCUAGCAAGAACGGCGACGGCACGUACAGCGCAAAGUACACUUUUGCGAGCAUGGAUGAGUUGAUGAAGCAUCUCGAUGAGACACAUCUGCACGAGGUGGCUAUGAGGUUGGGCGAUGGGCCGAAGACGGGGAGUGCGGAUCCAAUCACAUACCUCACCAAUCACACCGACCAACAGACCACGCCGUCUAUCCCACUACUUUCGACCAAGGGCCCAAACAAACACACCGACCUCUCAACCGACGCCUGGGUCGUCACCACUACCACGGUCGACAAGUCCAAACUCAAGACCACCACACACAACCCCAACGGCCCCUCCAACGUCUCACCAGCCCCUGAUUUCCAACCGGACAACACCACCAUUUCCUCUACGAAAAUGAUGAAUGCAGCCAAUGACGCAGAACACGCCGCGAACCAGAACGCAGCAGCAUUAAAAGCAUUCCUCAAAACCCACCCGCCCACACAAGGCGACGGCGAGGGGAAGGUGGAAGGCCCGAAGGUUGGUGUGAAGAGGACUGCGUUGGAGACACUGAGGGGCUUGGAACGGAGAAAGAAGGAGUUGGGGGUCGGGUUGGAGAGGGGCGCGUGUACGUUGGUGGGGAAGGAGGAUGGGAGGAGGGAGGCGUUUGCUGGAGGGAAGUGGGGAGUGGGGAGACGGGGGGUCGUUGUUGCGGGGGAAUGA